CAGACAAGCGAGUCCAGCAGUCGUUGCGUUCUGUUCCUUAGCCGUGCAAAUUCUCACUCAAGCAUUAAUAGCCAAGUAGCCUAGUGAAAACAAAGCCAAGUAUCAAGGAAAUCAAUUCUCGAGAACUCUUAACACAGACAGACACACAAAUCGCGAGCGCAAGUAGUAAAUCGGCCAUAAGCAUCCGUUUAAACAGAAAAUACACACACACACUCACCAACAACAACAACAACAACAAAGUUUCUUCUACACACAACUACAACUACAACUGAGUUCAAUUAAAGCCAAGCGGCAAAUCAAAGCAAAGCAAAACGCGUUAAAAAUAUAUUUAGAACAAAUUACAAGUGAAACAAUCUAUAAACAAAACAAAGUUUAGUUCAUAUAAACAUAAACAAAAGCGUUAAUACUUGAGCUUUAGUAGUGUUAAAUAAACAAAAAGAGCUUCUGAACCCCACACAAAAAAAACGAAACAACGAAACGCACGCAACAAUAACAAUCAAAACUUAAAGUUUAUAAACAACCCAAAAAAAAGGCGCGCUUCAAGUUCUCUCAGCUGUUUUUUGGUUGGUGGCCGACGGUGUAGUUCGGCGCCUCUCAUCAUUAGAAUUCCUGUCGAAGUGUUGCUAUAAAUUCAAUCAAAAUUUCACACUUUGGAGUAAAUCUGUUCUACGUGAAGCAGCCAGCGGAGUUAUUUCAGCAACCGCCGCCGCCGCCGCUUCAAACGCUGACACCGCUGCCCACGCUCCAAGCGCCGGCAACAAUCAAAGCGAUAAGUCCGCCAGUGACAGCAGUAGCGCCGCCACCACUGACGCCGACGCCGCUGUCAGCGCAGACCGCCACAAUUCCAACAAAGAAACUAGUCAUGGUGACGAGAACGAAGAAAAUCUUUGUGGGUGGCCUCUCGGCGCCCACCACAUUGGAGGAUGUCAAAAGCUACUUUGAACAGUUUGGUCCGAUUGAGGACGCCAUGCUGAUGUUUGACAAGCAGACCAAUCGGCACAGAGGUUUUGGCUUUGUAACAUUUCAAAGCGAAGAUGUGGUAGACAAAGUUUGCGAAAUUCAUUUCCAUGAGAUCAACAACAAAAUGGUCGAGUGCAAGAAGGCGCAGCCUAAGGAAGUAAUGCUGCCGGCUAAUUUGGCCAAAACACGCGCCGCUGGUCGCUCGGCUUAUGAUAACAUCAUGUGGGGUCUGGGGACAUUGCCUGAAGGUUUCCCAGCAGCUGCUUAUGCUGCUUACGCCGCUGGUCGCGGCUAUUCGGGCUAUCCAAGCUUUGGUUUGCCCUAUCCAACUGUUGAUCUAACCAAUGGGCAGCUGACUCCCAACAACAACACUCCAUUGUUGACACAGGCGCUUUCAGUGAUGAAUAACUAUCAGGCAGCCGCUGCUGCUGCCCACAGCUACGGCCCGUCGGCCUCGCCGCAUGCCGCUGCCGCCAAUACGGCCACACGGCAGGGCUUUCCGUCAACCAAUUCGCCCGGACCAACUAUCGACAUGUACAGCUCCGCCGGAGCCGAUAAUGUGGGCUAUGUACAGGCCACUAGUCCGCAGCCCUCGGGCUUUCCCAUUGCCGUCAGCCGUGCUCCAUUGAACUAUAGCCCGAUUUAUUCGUUGAACUUUGCGAUGGCUAAUAUAUAAAAAGACUGAUAAACCAAUAUUAAAAAGAAACAAAAAAAAGAAAAAUUCCCCAA